AUGGAUGGCUUCCACAUUUGUCGUAUUGGAUCUGCAUACGCUAGAAUGAUGAUUGAAGGAUUCAAGAUGAACUUAAUUUAUUAUGAUCUUUACCAAGCCACACGUCUAGAGAAGUUUGUUACAGCUUAUGGUCAAUUCUUGAAAGCCAGUGGCGAAGAACCUGUCACAUGGAAACGCGCAUCAUCAAUGGAUGAGGUUCUUCAAGUAGUUGAUGUCACAAAGGGAUACACAAGGGAUUGA